GCCAGAACGGUUUGCGACAAACUCAAAGCCGACGGCAAGUAUGUGCACAAGUUGUUGGGGAAGCACAUCGAGUUGUGCGAGAUGGCCAACGGCUUGCACCUCAACCAUGACACCUUGGGCAGGCGUGACCUUCGCACAACUGUUUUCACCCUCCUGGACAACAAUGUGGUCCUGCCGAUGCACAUCCGUCUGUGCGUCACACGGAGGUGCGUGAGCUUCUACUGCCAGGACCUCCUGGACAGCCUGUCCGCAAAGGACGCAAAGGCUGUAAAGGAGGCAACCGUCAAGAAGGAAAAAACGCUUGAGCGCUUGGUGUCAGCUUUGGCAGUGUGGAAAUACUACCAGCCGGACGAAGAGGCUGAGCUGGAGUCAGCUGCUGUGCUCCAGGCCGAGGACAACCCUUUGCCUAGCUGGUCCUUCGACGCUUGCAGCUUUGCAGCCCUUGCAGCUGAGCUUCAAGAGGAGGUGAGCAAGUUGUCAGACGGUGCAGAGGAGGAUUCCGCAGCCUCGGCUGCUCGAGAGGACCACCUCAAUGAGGACCUGUGUCUUGCCAUGACCAACAGCCUCAACAAUGACUUCUUCAUGAUGUUGCUUGAGGACAAGAAGGACAAGAUCGAUGAGCGAAUGUCCCUCUUGCGCGACAUCUGUGAGCGGUACCUUGCGCUAUACCAGGCAGAUGAGGUUGAUGUUAUUGGCAAGCAGCUGCUCCCGGGAGCUUUCAAGGCAGCAUCUACAAUCAAAGAGGUGAUGAGUGCCUUGCUUGUCAUGUUGAACCCAAUGCCGGGGUAUCUCAACACUGACAUGGGAGCCAUCAGCGCAGUUCUGAAGGCAAAGGAGGAGAACAAAUUUGCUUCCUGUGUGAAGUUGUUCUUGAAGUCUGCUCACUGGCAAGCAAAGCUAGAUGAUUGCCUUCAGAAGGGUCCUGUGACAAUGAAGAUUGCCCCUGAGCUUGCCCACCUGACCGAAAAGCUCGCGAUGGAAAAUGAGGCAAGCAAACCCAAGGGUGACGAAGAUGACGAGGCUUCUCAGCCAGAGCAGCGGAACGAAGUGGUCAGCGCUGACCUGAAUAAUGCUAUUGACAAGCUGGAGGAGUUCCAGAAAUCCCUUAGGAAGGGAGCCACAGGCGCUUUGGAGAAGGAGAUGAUUGAGCGGCUCAUGGCCAUUGCAGAGUGGACGACUGGGCAGACUGAGGUGAAGUCCCUGCCUGAUUUUCAUGUCCCGGCCUUGAGCAAGGGCUUGCAGCUUCUGUCCAAGGGACACAAGUCUUUGCCGGAGUUUCUGAAAAAGCUGGAGGCCUGGAAGGGCAACAUGGCCCAGGGCCUCAGCAAGCAGAAGAUCAUCAGCUAUGCGCAGGUUGUCUCCCAGGACGGCACGCCGGUGGAUUGGGAAAUUGUGAAGCAGUUGAUGGACGGCUCAAAUGAUGCCAGAGCUGACCCUGAGAUUGUGGAUGCCUUCCGCAAGCUGUCAGGGAUCCUCUUCCGGAGUCUUGCGGCGCAGGCAUUGGUAGAGGAAGUGGAGGCCAAUGCCUGCGCAUUGAACAUGCGCAACAUUGACAUUGCGGCCGACAAGUGGGGCAAGCUUGGAGUUACUGCCGAGGCCCGAUUGAAGAGCGAUAUCAAGCUGUCCAUCUUCUAUGCUUACUUCACCAUGGCCCAGAAAGUGUUCAAGCAAGAUGGUGAUCAGAAGGCAGGGGAUGACGAGCAGCCCCCUCCUGUCUAUUUCAGCUGCAUGGAUGAGCUCGCAGUCAGCAAGAUGGUGGUGCAGGGUUUGCAGGUCUACGCAAAGCAGUUGCGAUCCAUGGCCGAUGGCUUGAUUGAGAAGCUCUCCCAGUGCACACAAGGCAGGCAUUCGUCCGGGCCGGACUCGUGGAAGCAUGGAUUGGAGGGAAGUGCCAGCUUCCAGGACAUCAAGACCAACGCAAGCUCCCGGCUGGAUUGUGAUGUUAGCGGGCUCCAAAGUCUGAUGGACCAGCUGACGGAGGUCCAACAGACGUGUAACAUGGCCUACCAGAAGACCAGCUUCCUCCGGAGCAUUUGCAGUGAGACAGUUGAUGCUGUGGACAUCAUCAAGGUUUGCCACCACAAGGUGAAGGAGGAAAUCAAGCUUGCCGUUAUCUUCAAGUACGAGGGCUUGUUUGUGAACGCGCUGAUGGAUGAAAACGCGAGUUCCGGCAAGGACCUGGCUCGCCCCGAGCUAGCAGCUCUCUCAGGUGACAAGCGGAUUAGUGCAGAUGACAUCCAUGCAGGUGUCUUAGAGGCUACCCGCAAUUUGCUUGCUCAGCGUAAUGGUGCCUAA